CCGAAACCCUAGUCAUUACCAGUGCCAACUUAAUAUUUCCUGACCAGCACAAGGCAUGAACGGUGAAUUCUCGGUUCAUUACACUUGAUAGAGGGGGCCCCAAAAAUCAGACUUGCUGAACCCGCUCUGGUUAUUGGUCUCAGCCUCAGUCUUAGGCGAAGCUAAUAUUAUACAAUAUACCAAUUAUAAAGAGUCCAGCAAGUAAUUCUCCGUACUGUAAAGCUGAUCUUCGUUGCACUUCAUUGGAUUGGAUUGGAUUGAAAGGCAAAUUUGGGUUACAAGUUACAUAAUUUUAUGAAUUUGUCACAAGUACAAAGUACAUUCUAUCAACUGGGUGUAUAGAUGGAUACACUUGCCCAGCCAAAUUUUGUCCUUGAGAUUCAUGGUUUAUAUAAUCUACAAAAGUACUCUAGAAAACCUGGCUGCUGCUCAACAGUUUAUCAUUUAAAUUGUUCAUCAAAGUGUAGCUAUGGAAGGCAGUCUUGUUUACUAUGGAGGAGAGAUGAUAGAUCCAGCUGCAAUGCUGAUCCUUUAAGGUGCAGAAGAUUACGGAGAAAAGUUUACAUCGACCAAGUUAGUGAAGUUGACCAAGAAUGGAGCUCAGAAAGCCAUAUCUUGGGUAUUAGGAAAGAAUUCAGAGGUCAAACGAGAAUGAAGGAGCUGCCAAACUCUACAAUAUUAUCUUCUGAUGGGCCAUUUGUUGAGAACAAUGAAGAAACCAACAAUGAAAUCCUUCAGAAAUUUUGCAGCAAUGGGAAGUUAACAGAUGCUUGCAGGCUCAUAGAGAUAAUGGCACGUCAUAAUCAAAUUCCCCACUUCCCUUCUUGCAUCAACUUAAUCCGUGGCCUUGCUAAAGUUGAUCAAGUAGAUAAAGCAACUAAAGUCUUGAAAAUAAUGGUCAUGUCUGGUGGCAUCCCAGAUACUAUUACAUACAAUAUGAUGAUUGGGGCUCUCUGUAAGAGAGGACGAUUAAGAUCUGCCAUUAAUCUCUUGGAAGAUAUGAGCUUGAGUGGUACUCUCCCUGAUGUAAUAACAUACAACACAAUAAUCCGUCGGAUGUUUGAUAAUGGAAAUUUUGAACAGGCUAUUGGAUUUUGGAAGGAUCAGCUUAGAAAGGGAUGCCCUCCUUAUCUGAUCACCUACACAGUUCUCAUUGAACUUGUCUGCAAGCACUGUGGAACAGUACGAGCUAUGGAAGUAUUGGAAGAUAUGGAAAUUGAAGGCUGUUAUCCUGACAUUGUUACCUACAAUUCCCUGGUUAAUUUUAAUUGUAAACAGGGGAAGUAUGAAGAUGCAGCUUUGGUCAUAUAUCAUAUUUUAUCUCAUGGAUUAGAGCCCAAUGCUAUAACUUACAACACUUUUCUCCAUUCUCUUGUUAGCCGUCGGUGUUGGGAUGAAGUGGAUGAGAUCUUGGCAAUUAUGAGUAAAACUUCCUAUCCUCCAACAGUCGUUACCUACAAUAUUUUGAUAAAUGGUUUAUGUAAAUAUGGGCAUAUAGAUCGUGCCAUCAACUUCUUCUAUCAAAUGCUUUCACAAAGGUGUUCGCCUGACAUAGUAACUUACAAUACUCUCCUAGGAGCCAUUUGUAAAGAGGGAAUGAUGGAUGAGGCUAUUCAACUACUAAACUAUUUAAGUGGUAGUUCCUGUUCUCCUGGUUUGAUUACGUAUAAUACCAUUAUUGAUGGAUUGGCUAAAAAGGGUUGUAUGGAGAAAGCAUUGAGAUUGUACGGGGACAUGGUAAGAAAUAAAAUUAUUCCCGAUGACAUAACAUAUCGUUCUUUGCUUUGGGGGCUUUGCCGGUUUGAUUUGGUUCAGGAAGCUGCAGAGAUACUGAGAGAGAUGAAUAGGAGAGAUCAACCAAUUAGAGUAAGUUCUUACAGGUUGGUAAUCCAUGGAUUAUGUAAGAAUAAGAAAUUAGAUAUGGCAAUACAAGUUCUAGAAAUGAUGAUCACAAGUCGAUGUAAACCAGAUGAGACGAUCUAUUCCACAAUAAUUAAAGGUAUAGCUGAUGUUGGCAUGGUUGAAGAGGCUAAUAAGCUGCAAAAAAUAUUGGUAGAUUGGAAGGUUUUUACAUGAAGAAUUCUGUUGGAUUAAGCAGGCAUGGACUUUCAAUACCAUUUCUCUGAUUCUACAUGGACAUCGUUUUCAUUGGAACUUGUACAUAUCAUAUUUUGUCAGGGGAAGAAGUGACAAAAGAAAAUGAACAUUCCACAACCAAUUGCAGAGGUGUAUCUAAUGAGUAUUUUGCAUUUUUGACAUCCCUGCGUCUAUAUCAUGAGGAAAAAGCAGGGGAAGAAGUGACAAAAGAAAAUGAACAUUCCACAACCAAUUGCAGAGGUGUAUCUAAUGACUUGAUGGCAGUCGGGGGGUAGCGUGAAUUAUGUACCUUGAUAAGGAAAGCACUAAACAGAUCGCACCAUCUAGGCUAUAACAGACAUCAGGAUUUUCUGAUGCUAGGGAAGUCAUUUCAACCUUCCAACAAAUCGCCGUCAAGAAGCUGCAAGGAUUUUGAUAUUUUCUUUGCACUACCAGGGAAUGACAUGAUGUUUAGAGCUGACUAGUCAUAGUUGAGCAGCCUUAUAUCUCAAUUUUGUAUUAACGUGUUGCCUCUUGCAGUCUAUAAUAAUCAAUAUUGGAGAGGAUCUCAACAUAA